GUUGGGAAGCCAUUGAACAUUCACCAUUUGUUCCUCAUCCUCUCUGAUUCUUUCCAAUACUCUCACCACAAUCAUGGCAAAAGAAAAGGUCUGUCUGGCUUACUCGGGCGGCUUGGACACCAGCUGCAUCCUGCAAUACCUCCUCGAUGAGGGCUACGAAGUCAUUGCCUUCAUGGCCGAUGUCGGGCAGGAGGAAGACUUCGAGGCCGCGAAAGCAAAGGCUCUGAAGAUCGGCGCCAGCAAGUGCUACAUUGAGGAUCUCCGAAGGGAGUUCAUCGAGGAGCUGUGCUACCCUGCCAUUGCGUGCAAUGCCAUCUACGAGAACGUCUACCUUCUCGGCACCUCUCUCGCCCGGCCCGUUAUUGCUCGCGCGCAGAUCGCCGUUGCGCAGAAGGAAGGCUGCGUUGCUGUCUCUCACGGCUGCACGGGCAAAGGCAAUGAUCAAGUCCGCUUCGAGCUUGCGUUCUACGCCUUGCAGCCGACCAUCCGCGUCAUUGCUCCCUGGCGAGACCCGGUCUUCUACAACCGCUUCAAGGGCCGAAACGACCUGCUCGACUACGCCGCCCAAAAGGGCAUCCCCGUCACAAGCACCAAGAGCCAACCGUGGAGCAUGGACGAGAACCUUGCGCACUGCAGCUACGAAGCCGGCAUCCUCGAAGAUCCCAACACUACUCCGCCUGAAGCAAUGUGGAAAUUGACCGUCGAUCCCAUCAAAGCCCCCGAUGCCCCCGAAGACUUCACCCUCAUCUUCGAAAAAGGCCUCCCUGUCAAACUCGAAUACGACAACGGCAAGAAGUCCGCCACCGACCCUGUCGACCUCUUCCUCACCGCAAACACGAUCGCUCGCCGCCACGGUGUGGGCCGUAUCGACAUUGUCGAGAACCGCUUCAUCGGCCUCAAAUCCCGCGGAUGCUACGAGACUCCUGGGCUGACAAUGCUUCGCUCCGCUCACGUCGAUCUCGAAGGGCUGGUCAUGGACCGUGAAGUUCGCGCGCUGCGAGACCAAUUCCUCACCUUCAACUACGCCAAACUCCUCUACAACGGUCUGUACUUCUCACCGGAGCGUGAGUUCCUCGAAGACAGCAUCACCGCGUCGCAGAAGCAUGUCAACGGGGCUGUGCGAUGCCGCGCAUACAAGGGCAUGUUCAGCGUACUGGGCAGGUGGAGUGACACGGAGAAGUUGUACGAUGAGUCGGAGAGCUCAAUGGACGAGAUUGGCGACUUCGCCCCGACCGACACGACGGGCUUCAUUGCUAUCCAGGCCAUCAGGUUGAAGAAGUACGGCAAGGCGAAGCAGGCGAGUGGCGUGGAUCUGGUGAACGGCAAGUAAGGGGAACCUACAGGGUGCUUGAUGAGUGCAAUUCGUUCCAGCAAAGGCGUUGGUGCUUGUCAAUUUCCUCCCGAAAUGACGAUAUAGACAAUCGCUUCGCAAUAGAACAAAACAAAUUUCUACA